UCGUGCUUGUGAGAAAAUAGCGUGGCCAACUCGCUUCUUGUUCUGGUAAUGGCUACUAAUUACGACCCUGAUUUGAUUUGCCACUUGUCGUACCUUCUCUCUUUCGACUUUCGAGUCGCUUUGACCAGUUCGUGCCGUGUGAGACCAAGUGUUUCUCACUCCAAGGCAGACUUUCGCUCGUUCCUUUCAUAAACUCACUUUCCCCUAUACAUAUUAUAUUCCAGCUCUCUUUUUUCCCUCGGACACAUUCAACCAUGUUCUCGUUGCGACGGAAAUCUACCAAGCCGGUCGAAACUCCUAGGAUACGUGGCUCACCAUCUCUUCCCGAGCUUAAUCCUCAGGGAAUCCCAUGGCCGGAAGAUUUGGUUGACAUAAACAGCAUCCGCGACGACCAACCACCGGUAUCCCCAACCCAUAAUGGCCCAGCGAAGACAUCUUUCGGAAUGGAGGUCCAUUCGCCAAUACCGUUUCAUAAACCUUUCCGUUCACCAGGAAAACCAGCCGAAGGUGGACCCAUCUCGUCACUAUACAUGACACCGCACCCGCCCUCCGCUUUCAGGACGACGAAAUACAGCCAGCGCCGGGCCCGCCUGCCCCCUACUUUCAAUUUAAUGGUCGUCGGGGGCCAAGGGACAGGAAAGACCUCGCUUCUUCGUCUUCUUUUGGAAACGGCCGAUAUAUCCCCUGCCGCCACUGUCGACCAGCGUGCUGCGGUUGACCAGUUCCUGAGAGGGGCUCCGAAGGCUACUCAGGAUAUUCAUACUGCUUGUGUCGAGAUAUGCGAGUCAAGGUUCGAUCGUAUGUUGUUGUCGGUCAUCGACACGCCUGGGUUGGAUUUUGUAGAGGGGAGGGAGCUCAAGUUGGAGAGACAGGUUAGUGGGGUUUUGAAGUAUGUGGAUGCUCAAUAUUCGGAUACAAUGAGUGAGGAAUCCAAAGUAAUACGGAAAAGCAAAGGAGAUCAACACAUUCACUUAUGCAUCUAUAUGAUUCACCCUUCUUCUAUCAUGACCGUUGCCGCACGACGUGCACAGUCAUCCUUACCCAUUAGAACACGCUCAGAGGCAACCGUCUCCCAACGUACUCCCCCCGAUCUCGUACCGGAUACUUCCUCUGGUGACGACUCCGACGACGAGGGACAGGCUGCUCUUACCAUGUCCCCCGCUGAAAUUCGCGUCAUUCGGCGUCUUUCAGCUCGUGUCAAUGUCCUUCCGGUCAUCUCCCACGCAGAUUCCCUCACCGAUGACAAACUCGCAGCCGUGAAAGCAGCCAUUCACAACGACCUUGCAGAUGCAGGUCUGGGAUUUGGAGUGUUCUCUCACGGAGACGAGCCAGAGACCCCCAAGAAGAGGCGGGCGGUGCAUACCAAAAGUCAGACUGAACCGAAUGGGACCAGCAACGGACGCGUUGCAGAUGAAAGUGAAGGAGAGGAAGAAGGCGAGCGGCAAUCGCGCCCUAUCAUCAAGCUUCGCUCCUCGCGCCAUUCCAGCACCCCACGAGCCAUAUCACGCUCGCGUUCCCGUCGUCGCGAUCUGUCUGUUGCCGCUGACGACCACCGUCGACCCGUUUCGCCCGACCUUGACGAUAAAGAAAGCGUUGCCAAUGUUCGCUUCUCAGCAGCUGUGGUUGCCAAAUCGACGGCUGAUCUGGCCUCGCUCAUGCCGUUUGCUCUCAUCGCUCCGGAGUCGACGAAGAACAGGCACCGGGGUCAGUUGUUGAACACAGCGCCUUCUUCUCCCGUUCCUUCUUCGGAGGAUGGACAUUCUCCGUCUAUUGAUAUGACGGUUUCUUCUGUCCCACACACUCCUGCUUCCCUCUCUGGCGCGCGCAAUCCGACUUUUCUUGGACCCCCGGAGGAUUUAAAAGGUGUAUUUGUGAGGAAGUUUAGAUGGGGAACUGUCGACGUCCUGGAUCCCAAUCACUGUGAUUUUGCCGCUCUGAGAACGGCCGUGCUGUCUACUCACUUGAAUGUUCUGAAGACUCACACCAAAGAGGUCCUGUAUGAGAAGUACAGAACAGAAAAACUCCUCGCUCGCAGGGCGACGCGUCAAAUCACAGAUGGCGAGAGGGAUCGGUUGCUGGAAGAUGGGAUUGUGACUUCUCUGAUCUACAUUCAUUGCUUCAUGUUCUUAUCAUUUAUACCCAUUUCUUUUGUUUUUUGCUUUGUAUAUCAGUAUGCCUGUUCGUUUUGCUGCACAGCAUUGUGUAGCGGCUUGGAUGGAUAGUUUAGGACUCAUCAUAUCAUCAUUGAAUAUUAAUACCUGUUCUCCUGUUGAGCAGGGCGACCGGUGCAGGGAUAAUAAGUCCUCGAUUUGAAAUGACCACCAGAGAGAAACUGGA